UCAGCAAGAAAGGAAAGGAGCUGAAUAUCUGGCAAGUUGUGGAGCGUCUGCGCUCCAGGUUAAAAUGGCACCAAUACGCAGUUGUGUUACGGGCGGAUUCAGGAAAUGGAACAGGUGGAUAUGUGUCAUCCAGAUAAGGAGCAUAAAGUGACCACAAGGCGGAUUUUUAAAGUGUAUAAUUACUUAUCCUAAAGAAGACCUUACACCAAAAAGGUUGUUCUAAGAAAACUGGAUGUGAAUAUGAUCUCCAAUUAAAAAAAAACUUGGCAGAAGGAUACACAGCUUGCUGUGCAGGUUUCACCCGCUGACUUUCUGACUCUAGCAGAGGAGAGAGACACCGAAACGGCGACGCGCUUCAGACGCGAUCGCAGCCUGGAAGCGGCCGGCGGCGGGUAACUUCUUGCUACGGUGACCUGUUGAAAGCCUUCAGACUGGUGGCAUUUAACUUUUUUUUUUUUGCUCGCUGUUAAAAUGUUUCGAUAACAGCGAACAUUUCCUAAAUAAAUCUGUGCUCGUUAUUGGCAAUUCGGGCACUUGUGGAUAGAGUGAUUUUGAAAAGAGACUUAAACGGGAGUCUUAUGGCGAAUAUUCUUCUCUAAACAAAUACCGAUCCGGUAAGAAAAGACCGUCAGUGGAUCAUCGGAGGAUCAACAUGGGUGAAGGCGAGCCGACCGAGUCCAACGUGCUGGUGGCCGUCCGUGUCCGGCCGAUGAACAGGAGGGAAAAGGACCUGAAUACAAAAUGUGUGGUGGAAAUGGAGGGAAACCAGACGGUGCUUCUCCCUGCCAACUCGAGUCUGGGGAAGGGGGACAUCAGGAGUCAACCAAAGGCCUUCGCCUACGAUUACUGCUUCUGGUCAAUGGAUGAAGCGCAAAAUGACAAAUUUGCAGGACAAGAUGUGGUGUUUCAGUGUCUUGGGGAGAGCCUCUUGAACAAUGCCUUCCAGGGCUACAAUGCCUGUAUCUUUGCCUAUGGACAGACAGGUUCAGGGAAGUCUUACACCAUGAUGGGCUCUGUGGACCAGCCUGGCCUGAUCCCACGACUCUGCAGCUCACUGUUCGAGCGAACUGUGCGGGAAGAAAAGCAGGACGAGAGCUUCACUGUAGAAGUUUCCUACAUGGAAAUCUACAACGAGAAAGUCCGUGACCUGCUGGACCCCAAAGGCAGUCGACAAGCCCUCAAAGUGAGGGAACACAAGGUGUUGGGCCCCUAUGUGGAUGGCCUGUCACGCCUUGCCGUCACCAGCUACAAGGAUAUCGAGUCCCUGAUGUCUGAGGGGAAUAAAUCCCGCACUGUGGCAGCCACCAACAUGAACGAGGAAAGCAGCCGCUCUCACGCCGUCUUCAACAUCAUCCUGACACACACGCUCCAGGACCUGCAGUCAGGGACCAGCGGGGAGAAGGUGAGCAAGCUGAGCCUGGUGGACCUGGCUGGCAGCGAGCGGGCUGCAAAGACCGGUGCUGCUGGCGAGAGGCUGAAGGAGGGCAGCAACAUCAACAAGUCCCUCACCACUCUUGGGCUUGUGAUCUCAGCGCUGGCAGACCAGGGUGCCGGCAAGAGCAAGUUUGUGCCGUAUCGGGACUCCGUGCUCACCUGGCUGCUGAAGGACAGUCUGGGCGGGAACAGCAAGACGGCCAUGGUUGCCACGGUGAGCCCGGCGGCCGACAACUAUGAAGAGACGUUGUCCACGCUACGCUACGCAGACCGCGCCAAGAGUAUAGUCAACCACGCGGUGGUCAACGAGGACCCCAACGCCAGAAUCAUCCGCGAGCUACGGGAGGAGGUGGAAAAGCUGCGGAUGCAGCUCUCCCAGGCGGAGUCCAUUAAAGCCCCAGAGCUGAAGCAGCGACUGGAGGAAUCUGAGAAGCUCAUCAAGGAGAUGAUGGUCAGCUGGGAGGAGAAGCUGAGGAAGACCGAGGAGAUUGCACAGGAGAGACAGAAGCAGUUAGAGAGCCUGGGCAUCUCCCUGGAGUCGUCUGGUAUCCGGGUCAAGGAGGACAAGUGCUUUUUGGUCAACCUCAAUGCUGACCCUGCCCUCAAUGAACUUCUGGUCUACUACUUGAAGGAGCACACGCUAGUGGGUGCGGCCGACUCCCAGGACGUCCAGCUGUGCGGAAUGGGCAUCCAGCCAGAACACUGCGUCAUCGACGUCACCGCUAAGGCAGCCGUGCUUCUCGCACCCAUCCGCAGCUCACGCACCUUUGUGAAUGGCUCGCCGGUCACCAGCCCAGUGCAGCUUCACCAUGGCGACCGCAUCCUUUGGGGCCACAACCAUUUCUUCAGGGUCAACCUACCCAAGCUGAGGUCCCGGGGUGGCAGUGAGAAUGAGGAGGGUGAGCUUGGAGCCAUGACGAGCAGUCCCAGCACCGAGAACCUGGACAUGGAUGGUGAAGGAUCCAGUGAAGGAUCCAGCGAGGUCAGCUUCAGCUAUGAGUUCGCCCAGACCGAGGUGAUGAUGAAAGCCCUGGAUAAUGAUGACCCCCUGCAGGCUGUGCUGCAGACGCUGGAGCGGCAGCAUGAAGAGGAAAAGCGCUCUGCCCUCGAGCAGCAGCGGCUGAUGUACGAGCAGGAGCUGCAGCAGCUGCGCAGGCAGCUGCAUUCGGAGCAGGAGUCGCAAGAGCAGUACCGCAGUACGGAGGGCCAGGACAGACCGGCGUCGCCGCCCACUGGUCAGACCCGCAUACGGCAGUGGGCCGAGGAGAGGGAGAGCGUGCUGACUCGCAGCCUGAGGAAGCUGCGGGAGCAGAUCGUGAGGGCCAACCUGCUUGUGCAGGAGGCUGGCUUCAUCGCUGAGGAGCUGGACAAGAAGACAGAGUACCGCGUCACCCUGCAGAUCCCCGCUGACAACCUCAACGCCAACCGCAAGCGGGAUGCUGUGCUGAGCGAGCCGGCAGUGCAGGUGCGUCGCAAGGGCAGGGGCACGCAGAUCUGGGCCAUGGAGAAGAUGGAGAACCGACUGGUGGACAUGCGGGAGCUCUACCAGGAGUGGAAGGACUGCGACGAGGACAACCCAGUGAUGCGCGGCUACUUCAAGAGGGCCGACCCCUUCUUCGACGAGCAGGAGAACCACUGUCUCAUCGGCGUGGCCAACGUCUUCCUUUCCUGCCUGUUCCAUGAUGUCAAGUUGCAGUAUGCUGUUCCCAUUAUCAACCAGAAGGGGGAGGUUGCUGGGCGUCUGCAUGUGGAGGUACAGCGAGUGAUCGGUGGGCUAGAGGAGCAUGUGGCAGGAGGAGAGGAUGCUGAGGGGAGCACAGAAGGGGAGGCCCAGGAGCGAAUGCUGAUCUGCAUGAUAAAGAUCCUGCAGGCCACAGGGCUGCCCCGGUUCCUGUCCAACUUCGUCUUCUGCUUGUACUCCUUCUGGGGCCUGUCUGAGCCUGUUUGCGUGGCGCCUGAGGUGGAUCCCACCAUCUCCUGCAGCAGCAAGGACCCCCAGAGCAUGGUUGUGUUUGACAGCAGCAAGGAACUGGCUGUGCCGGUGUCCGAGGACUUCCUGGACUACCUUUCGGAGGGCGCGGUGGCCAUCGAGGUGUACGGACACAAGCCCUCGGACCCCCACAGGAACCAGGCGCUGUGGGAUCUGGGCAUCAUACAGGCCAAAACACGUAGCCUGAGGGACAGGUGGAGCGAGGUGACCCGCCGGCUGGAGCUGUGGGUCCAGGUGCUAGAACUGAACGACGCGGGCAAGUACGUCCCCGUGGAGGUGCUGCCCGCACGGGACAUCCGCACUGGGGGCAUCUUCCAGCUCAGACAGGGUCAGUCUCGGCGUAUCCAAGUGGAGGUUCACUCGGUGCAGGACUUGGGUACCAUGCCCCUCAUCGCAGAGUCGAUACAGUCUGUCUCGGUGGGUUGUGUGGAGAUCCGGCAGGUCCGGCCACCCCGGCCCAACGAAUCGCGGCAGGUGGAAGAUGACGACAUGGACAGUUACCAGGAGCGAGACCUGGAGCGUCUUCGUCAGCAGUGGCUGGCUUCCCUCACCAAGACGCAGGAGUACCUGGACCAGCACCUGCAGAAGCUGGUCAGCAAGCCCGAUAAGACUGAGGAGGACAUGGAGCGGGAGGCCCAGCUGCUGGAGAGGCGUCUGACACUGACUGAGGAGCGUAAUGCUGUCUUGGUGCCCUCGGCGGGCAGCGGGAUCCCUGGCGCCCCUGCAGAGUGGGUUCCUGUCCCUGGCAUGGAGACCCACAUCCCAGUUCUAUUCCUGGGCCUCUGCACGGAAGACAUGAACUCCCAGGACACAGUAGAAGCAGGCUGGGAUGCCACACUGAGCCAGGAGGACGAGGAUGAGUUUUUUGAGCUUCAGAUCGUCAAGCACCAUGUCGGCCAGGUGAAGGCGGAGGCGUCCUGGGACUCCACCGUGCACAGCGCCCCCCAGCUGAGCCGCGGCUCGGUGCCGGAGCAGCAUGUGUACCUGAUCGUGCGCGCAGUGGUGAGCUUCAGCCACCCCCUGCCACUGCGACUGGUCCUGCGCAAGCGCAUCUGCGUGAACCUCGCCGGCCGGCAGGGGUUUGCCCAGAGCCUCCUGAAGAGAAUGUCCCAGCGCAGCACCAUCCCAGGCUGUGGGGUGACCUUCGACGUCGUCUCCAACAUCCCUGGGGAUGCACUAUGCACAGAAGACCAAGAGAUGCUGGCUAAGCUGGCUGCCAACACAGACAACCCCGAGUCGGCCGACAGCGAGGCAGCUAUCGAGAAGUACCUCCGCAGCGUACUGGCCGUGGAGAACAUCCUGACGCUGGACCGCAUGCGGCAGGAGGUGGCGGUGAAGGAUCAGGUGGAAAACAAAGGGAAGUGUCCGAGACGCAGCCCCACCAACAUCCCACGGCCAUCUGGAAGUCGACAGGACCUUAGUGUGAACUCGCUACUAGAGAACAAGGAUCGCUGGGAGAGCCAACAGGACAUGGACUCUGCUCAGCUGAAAGGCAGCCUUCCUCACUCCUCAUCCUCGCAAACCCAGGACCAGGAGCCAGCCCAUUCUUUCUGGACGGCCCCCGAUCUCUCAGGAUUGGCUGCACCUUAUCUUUCACCAGUGAAGGCUCUGGUGGCUCCCAUGCCCAAGCUGCUCAAGUCCCUGCUCCCAGCUCGCGAUGGCAAGAAGGACCUGCGACUGGCCCUCCCCUCCCAGCAGGCCGCGCCUCGUAUCACAGUACAAUCCUCAAGCACCCAGGAAAGCCCAGUUAGAACAAACCAGGGGCAGGGACGGCCAGAGACCACCGAGGCCCCCGUCCUUUCUGUCAGAGAGCCCCCAGCUGUGCCCGUCAGCCCGAUGAGUAUGCUCUCCAGUGGCUACUCCUCAGCCAGCGUCUCCACCACGACCCUGUCCGACGCCUCGCAAGCGUCCAGCGGGGACCCUAGCCCUGUCGCCAGCCUGGGCCCCAGCAGCAUGCCCGGCAGCCCCCGGAACCCAACCCCCCCCCCUUUAAAACCCGCUCUUAUCAACCCUUUCAAGAUCCAGAAGGUGAAGACCUCUGACCUUAAGUCCUUCAGGAACAUCUUGAGUGAAGAAAGUAGCAGCGAUACCGGCGAGUCAAAGGAAAAGCUGGAGAUGGCAUGGGAUUCGGACGAGCUCAGCGAAACGCCUCUGCCGGAUUGGUUGAAAGAGGGACAGUAUGUGACUGUAGGUACCAACAAAACUGGUACCGUGCGCUACGUGGGUCCCAGCGACUUUGCAGAUGGCAUGUGGGUCGGCGUGGAACUCGACACUCCUUCUGGUAAGAACGACGGCUCAGUUGGCGGACGCCGGUACUUUAAUUGUAACCCCGGUUACGGGGUCCUGGUGAGACCCGACAGGGUAACCCGGGCCAACGGCUCCAAGCGCCGCAAAGAGAAGCGCCAUAGCUCCGGCUUUGGCUCGAACCCAAACCUGGCCGCCUUGACGGCCCUGGCAAAAGGCGGACACGCUGUCCCGCAAUCGUAAGUCCUGGAACAACUGAGUCGGGGGUCCGGCAUGUGGCCCCUUGAAGCCCGGGAACCCUCAUCUUCCUCUCAGUGGCAGCACUGAGAAGGUGGCAGAACCUGCCUUUGGUGCCACAUUUGAAAGAACAUUCAUCCAUUCUGUAUUUAUGGUGAGUGGUGGAGCCCCCUAGUGGACAGAGAGCACACUGUGUGUGCAAGGAUUUCAACACCACUGGAAUAUCCAUAGAGCACAGACAGCAUGUACCUUUUGCAUGGUGUUAGAGUGAAGCACCUGCUGCCAGUGUUGGCUCUUCCCUACAUACCGAAGCCCCAUGUCUUCUGUAACACUACUGUCUGUCCAGAGCAGCUUUGUCACUGGCUGUCGGCUUGUUCCUACGUCGUCAUUUUUGUCUGAGAAAUCUUAAACCUUUUUAUCACCUUUUAAUAUAUUUCCAGAACUUUUUUUUUUUUUUUUUUUGAAUAUUUUCGAAUAAUGUGCCUUUUAAGAACGUCUGCUUUGAAUCUCAAUUUUUCUCACAUCUCAGGGACUAGGAUUCGGGGAAUGAAUGGGCCUUUUAUGAGUGGUUUACAAAAAAGUCAAAAUAAAAAUGAAGCAGCAUCCAGUCUGGGGGGGGGGGGGGGGGUUCCAUCUCUACUUUGCCUGACACGCAUAGUAGUAUGUAAAACUAAAAGAAAAUUUAAAAGCUUUGGUGUAAACCUCUUAUUUUCAGUGGGGAGCCAGAAUGUGUAAAUUGCACAAUUAAAUCAUUUUUAAUCAAUUUUAAAUUUCUUAAAAUCUGGGUUCAGGGCCAUGCUCUGGGAAUAAUCUGUAUCUUUGGGGCAAAUAUCUAGUCUGUGCUCCUAUCUGAUAGUUUAGGUCUUUGGUUUUCGAUUUAUGCACCAAUAUCCAGGCUGCAGGAUAUAUUGUUCGUACGUGUAUGAUGUUUAAGGGUUAUGGUUUAUUUAAAUGCUUCAUGUAUGUGUGUUAUUGGGGAGGGGGGGAAGCCACUUCCUGUUUCUGCCUUCAUGAUUUAUUGACCUGUAUGGUGAUGUGCAUUUUAUUUCUCCAUUCUUUUGGCACUUCAAGGGCUGCAUUGCCUUAAAUAUUUGUGCUUCCUGUCCUGUGAUUGGUUUAUGAAGCACAGAGUGGCUUCUGUUUAAAACGGCACUAAGCUCUGUUGCAGCGUUGAAAGUUUUCCAGUGGAAUAUAACUGGACUCUUCGAAGCCACGAACACAUCACUAAGAACAUCUUUGUAACGAACGACUCGCUGCUGCUCAUUAAGAGUGACCCCCAACAUGCCAAACGCGGUAGAUGCCAUACUGUGGUCGGUUGGCAAUGAACCCAUGAGAUUUUGCUGCAAAUGGGAUUUGGACAUGGAUGGUGGUGGGUCAUAUUUUUUUUUUCUUUCUUUUUCUUAAAUUAACCUUUCCCCCCCGACAUUGUUUUUGACUGGCAGUCGUUACAUAGAUGAAAAGAAAAAGAUGUUUGCAGCGGUUCUGCGAGCCUGCGGUAAUUCAGCAACACUAAAUCCACCUUACUCUCUUUCUGCAUGGGAUGAAAUGCCAUCAAACCAAUCAAGCGGCUUAUGUAUUUAUUUUAUUUUCUUAAAUUGAAGUUGUGCCAUUGUUGAUGGUUCAGACAAGUUCAUUGCACACUAAUGCAGGGGCUCUCAAAAGUUCAAAUCAGGAUAAAGGAAUAAACAUUUUUGCGAUGUCUCA